UGUGGUCCCAGCACCUGCGAGGCUGAAGAGGGUUGAUGAUUUGAGCCUUGGUGUCACAGACCAGCCUGGGCGUCCCAGUGAGACCCCCUCUCCAAGAAAAGAGUAGUUCUUCUCCAAGCCUGCUUCAGGAAGAAAGUGCCUGCCAUUCCUGUGGUUUCUUACGCAGGUUCAUGCCAUCCCAUAACACAGACUCAGAAUUAGAAGAGUUUCCCACUGACCAGCCAAGAUGAACAUGGUGAAGAGGAUCAUGGGGCGGCCGCGGCAGGAGGAGUGCAGCCCGCAGGACAACGCCUUGGGUCUGAUGCACCUCCGCCGGCUCUUCACAGAGCUGUGCCACCCGCCCCGGCACAUGACGCAGAAGGAGCAGGAGGAGAAGCUGUACAUGAUGCUGCCGGUGUUCAACAGGGUUUUUGGAAACGCUCCGCCGAAUACAAUGACAGAAAAAUUUUCUGAUCUACUGCAGUUCACAACACAAGUCUCACGACUGAUGGUGACUGAAAUUCGAAGGAGAGCGUCAAACAAAUCCACAGAGGCUGCGAGUCGGGCCAUCGUCCAGUUUCUGGAGAUCAAUCAGAGUGAAGAAGCCAGUCGAGGGUGGAUGCUUCUGACAACUAUUAAUUUGUUGGCAUCCUCUGGUCAGAAAACCGUGGACUGCAUGACAACGAUGUCAGUGCCUUCCACCCUGGUUAAAUGUUUAUAUCUGUUUUUUGACCUUCCACAUGUGCCUGAGGCAGUUGGAGGUGCACAGAAUGAGCUACCUCUGGCAGAACGGCGGGGACUCCUCCAGAAAGUUUUUGUACAGAUCUUAGUGAAACUCUGCAGCUUUGUUUCCCCAGCGGAGGAGCUGGCGCAGAAGGACGACCUCCAGCUUCUGUUCAGUGCAAUAACCUCGUGGUGCCCCCCCUACAACCUGCCCUGGAGGAAGAGUGCAGGGGAGGUCCUGAUGACCAUCUCCCGGCACGGGCUCAGCGUCAAUGUCGUCAAGUACAUUCACGAAAAAGAAUGUUUAUCUACGUGUGUUCAGAACAUGCAGCAGUCGGACGACCUGUCUCCCCUGGAGACUGUGGAAAUGUUUGCCAGGCUUUCUUGCUUCCUCAAAGAUUCCAGCGAUGUUUCCCAAACACUUUUGGAUGACUUUCGGAUAUGGCAAGGAUACAACUUUCUUUGUGACCUCUUGCUUAGAUUGGAACAGGCAAAAGAGGCUGAGUCCAAAGAUGCCUUGAAAGACCUGGUUAAUCUGAUAACUUCCCUGACCACAUACGGUGUCAAUGAGCUGAAGCCGGCAGGGCUCACCACAGGGGCGCCCUUCCUGCUGCCCGGAUUCGUAGUACCUCAGCCUGCAGGCAAAGGUCACAGUGUGAGAAACAUCCAGGCCUUUGCAGUUCUUCAGAAUGCAUUCUUAAAAGCAAAAACCAGCUUCCUGGCCCAGAUCAUCCUGGACGCCAUCACAAACAUUUACAUGGCCGACAGUGCCAACUACUUCAUCCUGGAGUCACAGCACACGCUGUCACAGUUUGCUGAGAAGAUUUCUAAACUCCCAGAAGUCCAAAACAAAUACUUCGAGAUGCUGGAGUUUGUUGUUUUUAGCUUAAAUUACAUCCCUUGUAAAGAACUUAUUAGUGUUAGUAUCCUCUUAAAGUCUAGCUCGUCUUACCACUGUAGCAUUGUUGCCAUGCGAACUCUUCUUAAGUUUACAAGACACGACUACAUAUUUAAAGAUGUGUUCAGGGAGGUGGGCCUUCUGGAGGUCAUGGUAAACCUUUUGCAUAAAUACGCUGCCCUCUUGAAAGAUCCAGCCCAGGCACUGCAUGAACAAGGGGACUCAAGAAAUAAUAGUUCAGUUGAAGACCAAAAGCACCUGGCUCUGCUGGUCAUGGAGACACUGACCGUGCUCCUGCAGGGGUCCAACACGAAUGCAGGGAUUUUCCGCGAGUUCGGAGGAGCCAGGUGCGCACACAACAUCGUGCGGUACCCGCAGUGCCGGCAGCACGCCCUCAUGACCAUCCAGCAGCUGGUGCUGUCUCCCAACGGGGACGACGACAUGGGCACCCUCCUGGGGCUGAUGCACUCGGCCCCACCCACAGAGCUGCAGCUGAAGACCGACAUCCUCAGGGCCCUUCUGUCUGUCCUUCGAGAAAGCCAUCGUUCCAGAACGGUGUUCCGGAAAGUUGGAGGGUUUGUGUACAUUACAUCCUUGCUCGUGGCUAUGGAGAGAUCUCUGAGCUGUCCCCCCAAGAACGGCUGGGAGAAAGUGAACCAGAACCAAGUGUUUGAGCUCCUCCACACCGUGUUCUGCACCCUGACCGCAGCCAUGCGUUACGAGCCAGCCAACUCCCACUUCUUCAAGACAGAGAUUCAGUAUGAGAAGUUGGCAGACGCCGUUCGAUUUCUUGGCUGCUUCUCAGACCUUAGGAAAAUAAGUGCCAUGAAUGUCUUCCCCUCAAACACACAGCCGUUUCAAAGACUGUUAGAGGAAGAGGUGAUUUCCACGGACUCCGUGUCACCUACCUUACGGCACUGCAGUAAACUCUUUAUUUAUCUCUACAAAGUGGCCACAGACUCUUUUGACAGUCGUGCAGAACAGAUCCCUCCUUGCCUGACAAGUGAGUCUUCUCUCCCCUCUCCCUGGGGGACACCAGCUUUGUCCAGGAAAAGGCAUGCGUAUCAUUCUGUUCCCAGUCCCCCUGUGUACCCUGCAAAAAAUGUUGCUGACUUGAAAGUCCAUGUGACAGCGUCGUCUCUGCAGAGCUCGGAUGCCGUUGUCAUCCAUCCUGGGGCCAUGCUUGCCAUGCUGGACCUCCUGGCCUCAGUGGGGUCAGGGACGCAGCCAGAGCACGCUCUGGACCUCCAGCUCGCGGUGGCAAACAUUUUGCAGUCCCUGGUGCACACGGAGAGAAACCAGCAGGUCAUGUGUGAAGCCGGUCUUCACGCACGGCUGCUGCAGAGGUGCAGCGCAGCCCUGGCUGAUGAGGACCACGCGCUGCACCCGCCGCUGCAGCGCAUGUUCGAGCGGCUGGCGUCACAGGCCCUGGAGCCCAUGGUGCUGAGGGAGUUUUUGCGUUUGGCAAGUCCUCUAAAUUGUGGUGCCUGGGACAAGAAGCUGCUCAAACAGUACAGGGUCCACAAGCCAAGUUCCCUGAGUUACGAGCCAGAGAUGAGAAGUAGCAUGCUCACGUCUCUGGAAGGUCUGGGUUCCGAUAACGUGUUUAGCUUGCAUGAAGACAACCAUUACCGAAUCAGCAAAAGCCUGGUGAAGUCUGCAGAAGGAAGUACGGUACCCUUGACCAGGGUGAAGUGUCUGGUCUCCAUGACAACCCCACAUGACAUCAGACUCCACGGGUCCUCAGUGACUCCUGCUUUUGUUGAAUUUGACGCAUCCCUUGAAGGGUUUGGCUGCCUGUUUCUGCCCAGCCUGGCCCCUCACAACGCUCCCACAAAUAAUGCCGUCACCACGGGGCUCACGGAUGGCGCUGUGGUCAGCGGCAUUGGCUCCGGCGAGCGAUUCUUCCCCCCGCCGUCUGGCCUGAGUUACUCCAGCUGGUUCUGCAUCGAGCACUUCAGCUGUGCCCCGCACCACCACCCGGUCCGCCUGCUCACCGUGGUGCGGCGGGCCAACUCCUCGCAGCAGCACUACGUGUGCCUGGCCGUGGUCCUCUCCGCCAAAGACCGCUCUCUGAUCGUCUCCACUAAGGAGGAGCUGCUCCAGAACUAUGUUGAUGAUUUUAGUGAAGAAUCCUCUUUUUAUGAGAUUCUGCCCUGCUGUGCCCGCUUUCGAUGCGGAGAGCUGAUUGUGGAGGGGCAGUGGCACCACCUGGCCCUGGUGAUGAGCAAGGGCAUGCUGAAGAACAGCACGGCCACGCUGUACAUCGACGGGCAGCUGGUCAGCACCGUCAAGCUUCAUUACGUCCACAGCACGCCCGGGGGCUCUGGCUCCGCGAACCCCCCAGUGGUGAGCACGGUCUACGCCUACGUGGGGACGCCCCCUGCCCAGCGCCAGGUGGCAUCACUGGUGUGGCGCCUCGGGCCUGCCCACUUUCUGGAGGAAGUGUUGCCCUCUUCCAGCGUCACCACCAUCUAUGAGCUGGGACCAAACUACGUGGGGAGCUUUCAGGCGGUGUGUAUGCCGUGUAAAGACGCAAAAUCAGAAGGUGGUGUGCCCUCGCCGGUGUCACUAGUCCCAGAGGAGAAGGUGUCCUUUGGUCUUUAUGCUCUGUCUGUGUCCUCCCUGACUGUCGCACGGAUCCGGAAGGUGUACAACAAGCUGGACAGCAAGGCCAUUGCUAAACAGUUAGGCAUCUCCUCCCACGAGAACGCCACUCCGGUGAAGUUGAUUCAUAAUUCUGCAGGACACCUGAACGGACCAGCUCGGACCAUCGGGGCCACUCUGAUUGGAUACUUGGGAGUAAGAACGUUUGUCCCUAAGCCUGUUGCCACUACUUUGCAGUACAUCGGGGGCGCGGCGGCCAUCCUGGGCCUGGUGGCCAUGGCCUCCGACGUGGAGGGGCUCUAUGCCGCCGUCAAGGCCCUGGUGUGUGUGGCCAAGAGCAACCCGCUGGCCAGCAAGGAGAUGGAGAGGAUCAAGGGCUACCAGCUGCUGGCCAUGCUGCUUAAGAAGAAGCGCCCCCUCCUUAACAGCCAUAUCCUCCACCUGACCUUUUCCCUGGUGGGAACUGUCGAUAGUGGGCACGAGACCUCCAUCAUUCCAAAUUCAACCGCUUUCCAGGACCUUCUCUGCGAUUUUGAGGUCUGGCUCCAUGCACCAUAUGAACUCCAUCUGUCCUUAUUUGAACACUUCAUUGAACUGCUGACCGAGUCCAGUGAGGCUUCCAAGAACGCCAAGCUCAUGAGGGAAUUCCAGUUAAUCCCGAAGCUGCUCCUGACUCUCCGGGAUAUGUCUUUGUCCCAGCCGACUAUCGCUGCUAUUAGUAACGUGCUGAGCUUCUUGCUGCAAGGCUUCCCCAACAGCAAUGAUCUGCUCAGGUUUGGCCAGUUUAUUUCUUCCACUUUGCCAACCUUUGCAGUUUGUGAGAAAUUUGUGGUUAUGGAAAUUAACAAUGAAGAGAAACUUGACCCUGGAACAGAAGAGGAGUUUGGAGGACUUGUGUCUGCUAAUCUUAUACUUUUGAGGAACAGACUUCUAGAUAUCUUGCUAAAACUAGUGUAUACAUCUAAAGAAAAGACAAGCAUCAACUUGCAAGCUUGUGAGGAGCUGGUCAGGACUUUGGGUUUCGACUGGAUUAUGAUGUUCAUGGAGGAGCACCUGCACCCCAGCACGGUGACAGCGGCCAUGCGGAUUCUCGUCGUCCUGCUGAGCAACCCGUCCAUCCUCGUGAAGUUUAAAGAAGGGCUCAGUGGCGGAGGAUGGCUGGAGCAGACAGACUCUGUCCUAACCAAUAAGAUCGGAACUGUAUUAGGGUUCAACGUGGGCAGGAGUGCCGGAGGGAGAUCGACGGUCAGGGAGAUCAACCGGGACGCCUGCCACUUCCCCGGUUUUCCGGUUCUCCAGUCGUUCCUUCCUAAGCACACUAAUGUCCCUGCCCUCUAUUUCCUCCUCAUGGCCUUGUUUCUGCAGCAGCCAGUUAGUGAGCUGCCUGAGAACCUGCAGGUCAGUGCGCCUGUCGCCAGCAGCCGAUGUAAGCAGGGUGGCAAGUUCGAUCUGGAUUCCAUCUGGAAGUUUAUCUUUGGUGUCCCGGCCUCCAGCGGAACCGUGGUCUCGUCCAUCCACAACGUGUGCACGGAGGCUGCUUUCUUGUUGCUGGGCAUGCUCCGCAGCAUGCUGAAUUCGCCGUGGCAGUCGGAAGAAGAGGGCUCCUGGCUGCGGGAGUACCCAGUGACGCUGAUGCAGUUCUUCCGCUACCUGUACCACAACGUGCCUGACUUGGCCUCCAUGUGGAUGAGCCCCGACUUCCUGUGCGCCCUGGCCGCGACCGUCUUCCCCUUCAAUAUCCGCCCUUACUCGGAGAUGGUAGGAAAGGGGAGGAAAGUGGCAAACCUGGAGCUAGUCUGUGCCAUGGUGACGGAUCUCGACGACGAGGUUGGGUCUCCUGCUGAGGAGUUCAAAGCCUUCGCCGCGGACACGGGGAUGAACAGGAGUCAGUCCGAGUACUGCAAUGUGGGCACCAAGACCUAUCUGACCAACCACCCAGCUAAAAAGUUCGUUUUCGACUUCAUGCGGGUCUUAAUAAUAGACAACCUCUGUCUCACCCCCGCCAGCAAGCAGACGCCCUUGAUCGAUCUUUUGUUGGAGGCUUCCCCUGAAAGAUCCACAAGAACUCAGCAAAAAGAAUUUCAGACUUACAUUUUGGACGGUGUGAUGGACCACCUUCUUGCAGCUGAUGUGUUAUUGGGGGAAGACGCAUCUCUGCCUAUUACGAGUGGAGGAAGCUACCAGGUAUUGGUGAACAAUGUGUUUUAUUUCACACAACGUGUGGUGGACAAGCUUUGGCAAGGCAUGUUCAACAAAGACUCUAAACUUCUUAUAGAUUUUAUAAUUCAACUAAUUGCACAGUCGAAGAGAAGAUCACAGGGACUGUCGCUGGAUGCGGUUUAUCACUGCCUCAAUAGGACCAUCCUGUAUCAGUUCUCACGGGCACACAAGACUGUCCCUCAGCAAGUACAGCUCUUGGACUCGCUCCGGCUCCUGACUGUCAAUCGGAACUUGAUCUUGGGACCUGGCAACCACGACCAGGAAUUCAUCAGCUGUCUCGCUCACUGCUUGAUUAAUCUCCAUGCCGGAAGCAAUGUGGAAGGAUUUGGACUGGAAGCCGAAGCGCGCAUGACCACGUGGCACAUUAUGAUCCCUUCUGACAUUGAGCCGGACGGUGGAUAUAGUCAAGAUAUUAGCGAAGGACGUCAGCUUCUCAUAAAAGCUGUCAACAGAGUUUGGACUGAGCUGAUCCACAGUAAGAAGCAGGUCCUGGAGGAGCUUUUCAAAGUCACCCUGCCUGUGAACGAGAGGGGCCAUGUGGACAUAGCCAUCGCACGGCCGCUCAUUGAGGAAGCGGGUUUGAAAUGCUGGCAGAAUCAUUUGGCCCAUGAAAAAAAAAGCAUAAGUCGGGGAGAAGCUUUAGUGCCCACCACACAGUCCAAACUCUCCCGAGUCAGCAGUGGCUUCGGUCUUUCCAAGUUAACAGGAUCAAGGAGGAAUCGAAAGGAAAGCGGUCUAAACAAGCACAGUCUUUCCACGCAGGAGAUCUCUCAGUGGAUGUUCACGCACAUCGCCGUUGUCCGGGACUUAGUGGACACGCAGUAUAAGGAGUAUCAGGAGCGUCAGCAGAAUGCCCUGAAGUACGUGACGGAGGAGUGGUGCCAGAUUGAGUGUGAGCUCCUGCGGGAGCGGGGACUGUGGGGUCCCCCCAUUGGGUCCCAUCUGGACAAAUGGAUGCUGGAGAUGACGGAAGGGCCCUGCAGAAUGAGGAAAAAAAUGGUGCGAAACGACAUGUUUUACAACCAUUACCCGUACGUGCCCGAAGCAGAGCAAGAGACGAACGUGACGUCUGAGAUCCCAAGUAAACAGCCCGAGACACCUGAUGAUAUCAUUCCUCAAAAGAAGCCUGCUCGGUACAGAAGGGCCGUCAGCUAUGACAGUAAAGAAUACUACCUGCGCCUGGCCUCUGGCAACCCUGCCGUCGUCCAGGACCCCAUUGUGGAGAGCGCCGACGGGGAGGCCACGCAGCAAGAGCCAGAGCACGGCGAAGACACCAUCGCCAAAGUCAGAGGUCUGGUCAAGCCUCCUCUAAAGCGCUCUCGCUCGGCACCCGACGGAGGAGAUGAGGAGAACCAGGAGCAGCUGCAAGACCAGAUUGCCGAGAGCAGCACCGUAGAAGAGGAGGAGAAAACGGACAAUGCCACGUUACUGCGCCUGCUGGAGGAGGGAGAGAAGAUCCAGCACAUGUACCGCUGCGCCCGCGUCCAGGGCCUGGACACCAGCGAGGGGCUCCUGCUGUUCGGGAAAGAGCACUUUUAUGUGAUCGAUGGAUUUACCAUGACGGCCACCCGGGAGAUCCGCGAUAUUGAAACCUUACCCCCAAACAUGCAUGAGCCAAUUAUCCCUCGAGGAGCCAGGCAGGGCCCCAGUCAGCUCAAGAGAACGUGCAGCAUUUUCGCAUACGAAGAUAUCAAGGAGGUGCAUAAGAGGAGGUAUCUCCUGCAGCCUAUUGCUGUGGAAGUUUUCUCUGGAGAUGGAAGGAAUUACCUCCUCGCUUUUCAGAAAGGAAUAAGAAACAAAGUCUAUCAAAGAUUUUUGGCAGUGGUUCCAUCCCUGACGGACAGUUCAGAGUCGGUGUCUGGCCAGCGGCCGAAUACCAGCGUGGAGCAGGGAUCUGGAUUGCUUAGUACUUUGGUUGGAGAGAAAUCCGUGACUCAGAGGUGGGAGAGAGGUGAAAUCAGCAACUUCCAGUAUUUGAUGCACUUGAACACUCUGGCUGGCAGGUCAUACAAUGAUCUCAUGCAGUAUCCCGUCUUUCCCUGGAUCCUCGCGGAUUAUGACUCAGAGGAGGUGGAUCUUACCAACCCCAAGACUUUCAGGAACCUGGCUAAGCCCAUGGGAGCACAGACAGACGAGCGCUUAGCGCAGUACAAGAAGCGGUACAAAGACUGGGAGGACCCGAAUGGGGAGACCCCAGCGUACCACUAUGGGACCCACUAUUCAUCUGCAAUGAUCGUGGCCUCCUACCUUGUGAGGAUGGAGCCUUUCACACAGAUAUUCUUAAGGCUACAGGGUGGCCACUUCGACCUGGCAGACCGGAUGUUCCACAGCGUGCGCGAGGCCUGGUACUCAGCCUCCAAGCACAACAUGGCAGACGUGAAGGAGCUCAUCCCAGAGUUUUUCUACCUACCAGAAUUCCUGUUCAACUCCAACAACUUCGAUCUGGGCUGCAAACAGAAUGGCACCAAGCUCGGAGACGUCAUCCUCCCACCCUGGGCCAAAGGGGACCCGAGAGAAUUCAUCCGCGUCCACCGCGAGGCUCUAGAGUGUGACUACGUGAGCGCCCAUCUGCAUGAGUGGAUCGACCUGAUCUUCGGCUACAAGCAGCAGGGCCCGGCGGCAGUGGACGCGGUCAACGUCUUCCACCACCUUUUCUAUGAGGGCCAAGUGGACAUCUACAACAUCAACGACCCUCUGAAGGAGACGGCCACCAUCGGGUUCAUCAACAACUUCGGCCAGAUUCCCAAGCAGUUAUUUAAGAAACCCCACCCACCAAAGCGAGUCAGGAGUCGACUCAAUGGAGACAAUGCGGGAAUCUCGGUCCCUCCGGGCUGCUCCAAUGACAAGAUCUUUUUCCAUCACCUAGACAACUUACGACCUUCUCUCACACCUGUGAAAGAACUCAAAGAGCCAGUGGGACAAAUUGUCUGCACAGACAAAGGCAUCCUUGCAGUGGAGCAGAACAAGGUUCUUAUCCCGCCCACCUGGAACAAGACUUUUGCCUGGGGCUAUGCAGACCUCAGCUGCAGGCUGGGGACCUACGAGUCCGACAAGGCGGUGACCGUAUACGAAUGCCUGUCCGAGUGGGGCCAGAUUCUCUGCGCCAUCUGCCCCAACCCCAAGCUGGUCAUCACGGGCGGCACGAGCACGGCGGUGUGUGUGUGGGAGAUGGGCACCUCCAAGGAGAAGGCCAAGAGCCUGGCGCUGAAGCAGGCCUUGCUGGGCCACACAGACACUGUCACCUGCGCCACGGCGUCCUUAGCCUACCACAUCAUCGUCAGUGGGUCCCGAGACCGGACCUGCAUCAUCUGGGACUUGAACAAGCUGUCCUUUCUAACCCAGCUCCGGGGCCACCGAGCACCGGUUUCCGCUCUUUGCAUCAACGAAUUAACGGGGGACAUCGUGUCGUGCGCUGGCACGUACAUCCACGUGUGGAGCAUUAACGGGAACCCCAUCGUGAGCGUGAACACGUUCACAGGCCGGAGCCAGCAGAUUAUGUGCUGCUGCGUGUCCGAGAUGAACGAGUGGGACACACAGAACGUCAUCGUGACGGGACACUCGGAUGGCGUGGUUCGGUUUUGGAGGAUGGAAUUUUUGCAAGUUCCUGAAACCCCAGCUCCUGAACCUGCUGAAGUCCUAGAAAUGCAGGAGGAGUGUCCAGAAGCACAAAUAGGGCAGGAACCCCAGGACGAAGACAGCAGUGACUCUGAGGCAGAGGAGCCAAGCAUCACCCAGGAGCCCAGGGACGUCCCCAGCCAGCCCAGCAGCACCAGCCACAGGCCCCGGGCGGCGUCCUGCCGAGCCACAGCCACCUGGUGCACCGACAGCAGCUCAGACGACUCUCGGCGCUGGUCUGACCAGCUCAGUCUCGAUGAGAAAGAUGGCUUCAUAUUUGUGAACUAUUCCGAGGGCCAGGCCAGAGCCCACCUGCAGGGUCCCCUCAGCCACCCCCACCCCAACCCCGUGGAAGCGAGGAGUUACAGCAGAUUGAAACCUGGCUACCGAUGGGAGCGGCAGCUGGUGUUCAGGAGCAAGCUGACCAUGCACACAGCCUUCGAUCGCAAGGACAACGCGCACCCAGCCGAGGUCACCGCGCUGGGCGUGUCCAAGGACCAUAGCAGGAUCCUGGUUGGGGACAGCGAAGGCCGAGUCUUCAGCUGGUCGGUGAGCGACCAGCCGGGCCGUUGUGCGGCCGACCACUGGGUGAAGGAUGAAGGCGGGGACAGCUGCUCCGGCUGCUCGGUGCGCUUCUCGCUCACGGAGCGGCGGCACCACUGCAGGAACUGCGGCCAGCUCUUCUGCCAGAAGUGCAGCCGGUUUCAGUCUGAAAUCAAACGCCUGAAAAUCUCCUCUCCGGUGCGAGUUUGCCAGAACUGUUACUAUAACCUGCAGCACGAGAGGGGCUCGGAGGACGGGCCCCGAAACUGCUGAGGGAAGCCGGAACCAGCUGGUCAGAGACCAGGCCUCCAGACCCUUCCUGCUUCCCUGUCCCGGCUCGGAAGGCACGGAAACGAGUCUCCGUUUACACAUCUCUUCACACCACGUGUUUGCAGCGUCGGACUAGAGGGAUCACCGGAGAAAUGGGUGUCGAGCAUGGGGACGGGGCGGACGCUCUGGCAAACAGCCCGAGAAGGCGAGGUGGUUCCUAGCAGCGACAUUUCCGCUGUCCGAUUCUCCCCGGUAACAGUAUCUGGCUCCAAGAACAAACCCUCACUUAACAACUGUCUUUCCCUGCAUCUCAUUUUUAUAGAGCUCUCCAUCCUUAUUUGGAAAACCUACAAAGACAACAACAAAAAAAGGCUUUUAGAAAAUGGUUGUAAAUCUGACUUCUUUGCAAGUAACUGUGUAUAUUGUAAAUAGGUAUAAAGGCCUUUUUUUUUCUAAAUAAGGACCUAACUGCCUGUAACCUGAGACUUCAAACUAAACCACUAACUCGGUGAACUCUAUGGUUUGUCUACCAUCUCUCACCAACUAAUUAUAAAUAUUUUUUUUAAAUCCUCGAGGACAUUAUCUGUGGUCUUUCUUUUCUUCUCUCUUCUUCUUUUUUUCUUUACAAACCCAGCCCGUGUGCCUGAUGUCUUUUCUUUUAAGUUGCCCGCGGUGUCCCCAUUCACACUAGGCUAGUAACCAAAAUAAAGUGGACCUUGUUUAGGGAACAGUGGGGAGAAAGGAAGCCUCGCCGGAAGUAGCCUGGAAAUAGCGGGGCACCUCGCGCCUGGCUGUGCGCGCCACCUCGGGGUCGUUCCUGGUGAUGCGGCCCCGAGACGCACGCAGCCACCCUGUGUGCGGAGCGGACCUUCCUGAUGUGGCAGCGGAGGUCACGUGACCGGUGGUGUCGGGGCAGCCCUGCCUCCGCAAUGGAAAUAUAUUUGCAUGUAACCCCAAACUAGCUUCUCUUGCAUAGAACAUAAUAAGUAUGUGUCUUUGGUGAUACCAAUGUUCUACUAUAGUUUAUUUUCAAAAAAGGGUAAAAAAAAAAAAGUGUACAGACCUAACCUUUAAACCUUGUUGUAAAACUGGAUCAUGUCAGAACUGCUUAAAACUAACCUUUACCAUUUAAUGCCAUCUACCUGAAAAACAGUGAGAUUUAUACUGUAUCAAUGUCUAUUUUUUUGUUUUUUGCUAUGAAUAUAAUUACAGUAUUUUAAUAUUUAGUUAUUUAAUUCGUUCUAGUUGGAUACGAAACACACAAAUCCAGGGGGAUUGAAGCUAGCAGGGGGAUAAGAGAUUAGUUUACAGAAAAGGCUUUGGUGGUGGGAUUUUUAAAAACGUGUGUUAUGUACAUAAAUAUAAAUAUAUAUAUAAAAUCAAAUAAAACACUUAAUCUAGAUUUUAACAUUUUCAGAUACUUAAUGAUAAUAUUAUAAACAAUCCUGAAAGUCCUGGUGAUUCGAAAAGCGUGGAUCAUCAAUGGCCCAAGGAAGGAAGAGCAGGCACUCGGACCCUCACGGGGCAUCGGGGACGGUGGCUUUGACUUUCCCAACUCCUCAUCGUUAGGCCCUGGUGACAGGCACUCUUAUGCACUAAAAUGCACAUAUAUGCACACGUGUUCAAAACUAGGCAUUUGGUACAGUAGUGAUCUUGUUACCUGAUAGGCUGAAACCAGCUUAAGAACAGAUCUGUUCUUCCUGAUAACUAGGUCUCCAAGAGAAAAUAUAAAGGCUGCUUCAGUGCCUUAUGCUUACUAAAUUCAGAUCUUUAUUUACCUAGGUUUGAGCCUACAGUCUAUUUAUGAGUACAUAUCAGAACUGAUGGAAACACUUCUAUUUCUGAAAGUUCAAGCGUACUUGUUAAUAAAAGGAAAAUUGGCAUUCAUACUAUCACUGCAAGAAGAGCCGUGUCGUUUUCCUUUCUGCCCUGUCCUCGCCCUCCCGCCGUUGUCACUGAUGCUGCCGGUCACCAGCCGCAGAGACUGUGCCCGCUCCCAGCGGCGGCCCGCCCUGUCGGCCUCUGGAUGCGUUGUAGCAGUGUUAUUCUACACUUUUUAAGAGGCGUCCUCCUGUGUCCGUGAACCGUGUCUACCCCGUCCCCAACAGCAGAGGUGUUCUUUAAGGACUGCAAUAUAGGAGUGUGUGUGUGGUCACUUGCAGGUUGCUCCCGCAUGUCAUCUGAAGCUACAUGGAAUGAACACUUUUCCAGCUUUCCAACACAACUUCCAGAACUAGGAGGCAGAAACCAAAACCCUCACAAUAGUAUUUCCUCUGGCAGCUGGUGCUGUGGGUGACUGCCUCGUGCAGUCGGGUUUCUUUUCCUUUUGCUCCUGACACACAAAUCACAGGCUCACAGCCAGGUACACUCGCAUCCGAGCUGAUCUCUCUGUGUUCUGUGUAAGUUUGUUCACCGUCACAGUCCCGUGCACCCCACCUCUCCCUGCGAGAGGACCUCACAAGGCUCCUGCCUGACCUCGGGGUCUGUCGUCCACCCCAUCACCGUGCGAGCACCCAUGUGCUCACGUGUAUGUGUGUAUCGUGUGCAAGUGUAAGGUCACGCUUCCGAGGAAGAGAACAGUUGCCCGUAGCAGCCAUCCAUCUGGGUAAUAGCAAACAUUCUAGAUAAGUUAUUUUGCACUUUCUUAUGUAUAAAGUUGGUAGAAACUUAUUUUUGCUUUGUAUCAUUUAAAUACAUUUUGUUUUGGUAAAUGAACUGUAUAAAAUAUUUAUGCUGUUAAAACUGUUUCUAGAAAGUAUUUUUAAUUUCAGCAAGUUUGGUUACUUGUUGCAUGACUAUUAACACUGCUGACUUUUUGUGUCAGUGCGAUGUAUAUUUUUUGUCCUGUUAUUAACUUGUAAGCCCUAGUAAUGGCCGAUUGUUUGUACAGCAACAGAAGUAAACUGAAGAUACUGGCUAAGACUGGAUUGACUGUGGACUUUUGUACAAUAUUUUAGAAUCCGAUAACUGUUUUGGUGGUAAUGUAAAAGGCCUGACGAAUUCCUAUCUAGUAUGCAAUCUGUGAUAUCUGAAUGUUCAUUGUAUAUCUGUCUCUGAUGCAGAAAGGUAGAGUAACACAAUUACAAUACAUGAUUAAAUGCAAUAGUCCAGGUA